AUGAAUCAAAGCUUAUAAAAAUAGCAAUCCGACUAUCCCCAUCAAUUAAAUCACCACACUUCUGUUCUUCCUACAAGAGAGGUGAUCCCAUCUAGAUAAAAUCUCAUAUCUGACGUUCAACAGCCAAAGUAGCAGCAGUAAAUGCAACAAGAAUUUCAAAGACCAAUUGUUUCCCUAAAGUAAAAGAUGCAAGAGAAAGAAGAGUAAAAGCAAUAAAGGGCUUAGAAAAAAAUAAAUAAUAGUCUAUCAGUAGAUAGAUGUGAUGAGUGUAAGAAAGCUGAGUUAGUCACAAAUCACGUUGAGGGUACUAUUGUAUGUCAAAACUGUGGUCUUGUUUAGUAACAGCGUAUUAUUGAUGAUAGCUCAGAGUGGAGGACAUUUUCAAGUGAGACAUCUAGUGGUGGUGCUAAUCCAAGCAGAGUUGGAGGCAGACUCAACCCCUAUUUGUCCAAUUACGGAAUUGACACUAGAGUAACAGGCAACAAUGCAAGUGAGAUUCAAAAGUGGAGUGAUAGAUCCUCUCUCAAUGCUAAAGAUAAACUUAUAUCAAAGGGUUUAAGAGCCAUUAAGGAUUACGCUCAAAUGCUUAAUAUGAAAGAAGGAACUAUUAAUAUGGCUUGUGACAUUUAUAAAGAAAUUGAAGACAAGGAAAUUCUUAGGGGUAAAAGUGUCAAUGGCAAGGUUGCUGGCGCAAUUUACUAUGCUAGCAGAAAGAACAAUCAACCUAGAUCUCUUAAGAAAAUUCUAGCAACAAUGCAAGUUAAUUUCAAGGAACUUAACAGUUGCACGAAGAAAAUAAGAGAGCUCUUCCCUGAUGAAAGAGUAAUUGUCAAGCCUUGGCAACUUGCUGAUCAGGCUUGCAAUAAAUUAGAACUUGGUAUUGAUGUCAACAAUGCAGCAAAGCAUACUGCAGAGUAGAUUUACAAACUGGAGAUAGCAACUGGUAGAUAACCUUAGACUAUUGCUGGAGUAGCAGUCUUCAUAGUCUCUUAACUUUCUACUUAGAAGAAAUCUCUAAGUGAGAUAGCUGAGUCUCUAUCAAUUACUGAACAAACAAUCAAAACUGCCUAUAAAGAGAUUUAUGAAUACAGAACAGUGGUAAUUCCUCCCUAUUGGAAGCAUAAAGAGAGUGUUGACUCUCUGCAAAAGCCUUGA